AUGUUGAGCACUGACGAGGAACAGAAAAUUGUCAUGGCAGCCAAAAAUAUCUGUAGAGGAAUGUCAUCGCGACGACGAACACUGUGUCACGUACAGCAGCGGAUUACAAAUUUAAGCGCUCAAUACAGGUCACUGAAAAAAGGACAAAAAUUGGAAGGAGAUACGUGUCACAGUACUUCAUUGUUGAAUUCAUCGUUUGGACAAGAUCAAAAAGCUUUGAAGGAAACGAGUGGGCACUCUCUUUCACAGCAACGAGAGGAAUUGAUGAAGUAA